CCUUUGGUGCUGCGGAUGCGGCGUCACCCAAUCCACAACCCCACUCACUCACUGUUCCCAAUUCCUUCGCUCGCAAUCCCAUCCUUCACUCACUUCACUCACAUUGUUGUUGUUGCUGCUUCUGCCCAUCUUACAAUUGCAGCGCAACGGGGUUUAGCCGCACUUGGGUGCACAGUGUUGGGGUUGGUUGCAGAGUGUGUUGGGGCAGCAUUGGAGCGUGAAAUUUGUCGCACUUCAGGUUUGCAAACUGAGAUAGCCUGCGCGAUGGCGAAUGCGGUGCUGGUGAAGCCCACUGUGACGGCCGCUAUGCCGUGCAGAGCUUUGAACGUGCACCACCAGCUGCAGAGCAGCAGCAGCAGCAGUUGCACCCUCUUUGUGCCUGCCACUGCGAGAAGGGCGUCCGUCAAGGGACUUGUGGCGCGGGCAGCUAUCAACUCGAGUGGUUUCUGGACGCCUGAGGCUUCUGUUCCCAAUUACGACUUCUGGUCUAUCAGGAAUGAUUUAGAGGUACCAUCUUCAGGAUUUCUUGGGGAGGGUGCCAGAGCUCAGGGUGGGCAGGGCCCCCCUCCCAUGCUUGCCGAAAGAUUUCAGAGCGUCAUAACUCAGCUUUUUCAGCAGCGGAUUAUUCGAUGUGGAGGUGCCGUGGACGAUGAUAUGGCGAACUUGAUCGUCGCUCAACUGCUAUACCUGGAUGCUGCUGACCCGAACAGAGAUAUUGUCAUGUACGUCAACUCACCUGGAGGUUCUGUGACAGCAGGAAUGGCUAUUUUUGACACCAUGAGACACAUUCGGCCGGAUGUCAGCACAGUUUGUGUUGGACUUGCUGCUAGCAUGGGAGCUUUUCUUCUUAGUGGUGGUACUAAAGGUAAAAGGUACAGUCUACCUAAUUCACGAAUAAUGAUUCAUCAACCUUUGGGAGGUGCUCAAGGGCAACAGACUGACAUUGAAAUUCAGGCUAACGAGAUUCUUCACCACAAGGCCAACUUGAACGGUUAUCUAGCAUAUCACACAGGACAGCCUUACGAGAAAAUUGUCCAAGACACAGACCGCGAUUUCUUUAUGAGUGCCAAGGAAGCUCAGGAAUAUGGUCUAAUUGAUGCCGUUAUCUCCAACCCUCUCAAAGCUCUUAGGCCUCUACCUGCUGCGAAUGGUUCAGCGGAUCCAACUCCUACUCCUGCAUAAUUACAUCUUAGUGUAGUUGUGACACAAAGCAGGAAACCAGUAGCAGCAGUUAUAGGCUAGAUUUUUUGAAGUUGAUCUCUUAUUUUAUGAUUCCACGUCAUAGUUCGACUUCAAUGUCUGGGCGAGUUGGAAUUUUCGACAUUGUUGAGUAUAUGAUGCAAAAACUUCCCUUUGUGGAGUUGCAUGUUCGCUAACCUGAGAUGGUUUACUGAUUCUGUUUUACUCU